GCUCUCCGGUUUGGUGCAGUCCAGGUCUUGUCCAUCGCCCUGUACAUCAGGGACGUGUGUUUUUCCAAGUUUGAUUGCACUAGCACCGAUUUCUCUGCCAUUCGAAGCCGAAUCCCCGUUGUUGAAGCAAGAAAAGCCCUGUUUCAAGUGUUUCGGUUUUGUCUUCCGUGAGAAUGGCGCCAACAAGCCACCUCAGCUAUCAGAAAGAUGAGAGGGUCUUGUGUUUCCACCACGAGAUCCUGUACGAAGCCAAGAUUAUAGACGUCAGGCACGCAGAUCCUGAGGACAGAAAAAGUCCCUACGAAUAUUUGGUUCAUUAUAAGGGAUGGAAGAACACAUGGGAUGACUGGGUGCCUCAAGACAGACUCCGAAAAUUUACGGAAGAUAACAGAGAACUGGCUGCGACUCUAAGGCGUGAUGCCGAGUCUGCUUCACGGAAAGCCAACCCUCCAAAGAGCGCAACCAAGAAGCGAGGUGGUUCCGACCGAAGUUCCGCUCGCGGUAGCGAAGAACGACAGACUCCUGCAAGAGGAACCAAAAGAGGCAGAGAAAAUGAAAUUGAAAAGGAGGAGCAUUUUCAUUCACGGCCUUCCGUCAGGAUUGUCAUGCCAGACAAUCUCAAAUCUCUCCUUGUUGAUGACUGGGAGAAUGUAACCAAGAACCAGCAGGUUGUCGCUUUGCCGGCUAAAUGCUCUGUAAAUCAGAUCCUCGAGGCAUAUCUCGAAGAAGAGAGGCCUAAGCGAACUAGCCCGACCGAUGUCGAUGUUCUCGAAGAAGUUGUUAUGGGCAUCAAAGAGUAUUUUGACAAAUCGCUCGACAAGAUCCUCCUCUACAAGUUCGAACGCGAGCAAUACCACGCUCUGCGGAAGAAAUGGGAGGCUGGAGCUGGUGACUAUGCCAACAAAGGCCCGCUGGACAUAUAUGGUGCAGAACACCUAACUCGGCUUUUCGCCACUAUGCCCGAACUCGUCGCACAAACGAACAUGGACCAGCCAUCGACCAAUCGACUCCGUGAGGAGCUAUCCAAAGUCACUCUCUGGCUUAGCAAAAACUCCGACAAGUUCUUUGCGACGAGAUACAUGACUGCCAGUAACGAAUACAUCGAGAAGACACGAGGAGUCCAGAAUCCCACCCCGGGAACUGCCACAUCAAGACUUGUCUGAAACGGCAACCCACUAGCACUACGUGCAGAUACGUUUUAUCUGUUUUUAUAAUAACCCCCUUGACUACUUCUAAUAUGUCUGCAUUCCAGUGUUGGUUAGGAACCAGAAGUUGAUUUGAGAAGGACUCCCUUUUUCUCGGCAAAUCUGUCAGAGAGCAAGAAUUACCCCUAUCUAUCUUACUGCAACCUGGGAUACAUCUGACGGGGCCCUUAGCCACCUUUCCCAAGUCUGGUAUUGACCUCACUUGAGAAAAGUAAGACAUGGUAUCUCAGGCUUUUCCCAACGCCGUCAUUUCAUGUCCCUUUUUAUGAGUCUUUGUCUCAUGAGCCGUACCGCAAAAUUCAAAAUUCUAUUUUUUUUUCUCUCUCUUAUGCUCCUGAUCCUGGUUUGUCUCUUUUUUU